CUUAUUCUCUUAAGGCUACACUUUUGGCUAUUAUAUAAUAAGCAUCUUAAGCCUUUUUUUUUAUAUGUCUACCCCAUUUCAAGCAAGCAAAUCAAGUCAUGUCUUCAAUAGAAAAACAAAGAUAAUUACAACUUCAUGCUUGUAGAAGGUUUUGGUGGAGUCGAGUAUUGCCUUGUUGACAUGGGAUUAAAUGUUCAUCGACUGUCGGUGUCGUUGCAACUGUUCAAUUUAUGUGAUGAGUUUUUCAUAUGCACGUGAUUUAUGAAAGACCUUUUCAAACUCCAUGGAGACGGAAAUGUCUGAAAGUGAAGAUGUCAGAAUUGAAAUACAGGACAAUCAACCGGCGACCAACAACGUUAACCACAAUGUUGUCAGGGAGUGGGUAGUCUGCAUUCAAGGCAAUGAGACCACCCAACGUUUCGAACGCAAACGACAAAUGGAGAAAGUACCUCCAUUGCUCUUAAAAGGAGAAAAAGGUGGAAGAAACCGCCGAUACUACGAACCAUCAGUGGUUUCACUUGGUCCUUACCACCAUAAACGAGAGGACCUCAUCGCAGCUGAGAAAUACAAGCUCAUAACCCUCGAGGAGUAUCGUUUGAGAUGCAAAAAAACCAUGGAUUCCUUAUACAACAAGGUGUUCGAAGUUGUAUAUGAUGCUAGAAAGUGCUAUAUCGAUGGUUCUACAGAUGAAUACAACGAUGAGAAGUUUAAUCGAAUGAUGUUGCGUGAUGGUUGUUUCGUUUUGUUCUUUAUAGAGUGCAUUGCUAGCCAAGACAAUAUGUUGAUGCUAAAUAAUGAGUAUUUAGGCGCAUUGGGCUUCGCGCAUGUAGCUCGAGACAUUUUCUUGCUCGAGAACCAAAUCCCGUUUGUAGUACUGAAAGUUCUGUUGGAUCUGAGAUUCUUGGAUGGAGGUGAAGAGAUCUUAAAGAAGUUCUUUAACUACUUAAACUAUGGAGAAAUGUCCACGAAGGAAGAAAAUGUGCUUAACAAUAAGCAACCACUUCAUCUUCUUGAGCUUUAUAGGUCCUAUUUCAUAUCGCUUCCGUGCUCUCUUGGUCUUGCUUCGAUUAAUGCACGCACAAGGCAAACAUGUUGGAAAAAGGUUGACAAUGCUGAUGAAGAUUGGAAUUAUGUAAAGCGAAACCGAUCAUUUGCAUCAGUCACAGAAUUGAAAGCUAAAGGGAUAUUUGUGAAAUGUACUUACGACGAGUCUUCUAAUGAAGACAUCAAGUUUCAUUCACGUUGUUGUUAUGGUGAGCUUGAGCUUGUGCGCAGAGCAGUGUCCUCGAAUUCAAAAGCUAUUUACUUGAACAUGAUCGCUUACGAGAUGUGCCCUCAUAAUCCUAAUGACUUUCGAGUUUCGACUUACAUUAGAGUAAUGAAAUCUCUGGUUAUUCAUCAUGAUGACGUGAAGGAGUUACGAAACAACAACAUAUUACUUCAUAGUCUUGGUAGAGAUGAAGAAGUAGUGAAGAUGUACGAUGAGAUUGAGGCACCGGCGGUUAAUCUCUAUAUGUUUAAUCAGCUACGGCAAGGCAUUGAGAAGCAUUGUAAUAACAGGUAUAAGACAUGGGCGGCAGAGCUGAUUAACGUCUACUUUAGCAGUCCAUGGAAGACAGUGGCUUUGUUGGUGGCUACUGCUAUUCUUUUCACUAGUUUUUUGCAGACUUACUUCGCCAUCAGGCCACUUCCGGAUGACUCCAGUGGGGAUAUUGCCAAGCUUUUGAGACGAUGCAUACACUUUAAGCCUCAUUCUCCACCUGCUUGAUCUUGAUCUGAAUGAGGUGUUCAUUUUACUUCGUUGGCCACCACACCAUGUCGGAGAUUUGGAGUUAAUCAAAACUACAUUUUGAAAUCGAAAACCCACAAAGACAUUUCAACCAAUUUCCAAAAGAAAUGAAUGGAUGUUUAAUGUUACGAGUUUUUGUUUAAAUUAAGUUAUUAUGAGAAUUGUAAACUUUAAUUACAAUUUCUUUUGAUA